AUGAAGGAACACGUGUUCUGCGUCAUUCCUGAAGGCGUGAAAUUGGAGGGCUCCUUCGAUUGUCUGGAGUUGGUGAAGGCAAUUUACGGACUAAAGCAAGCGUUGCGCGUAUGGAACGAAACGUUUGACGAGUUCAUGUGUGCCAUUGGAUUCCAAGCGUCAAGCCUCGACCCAUUUCUCUACAUAAAAAUUGUGGAAGGGCAAUGCGUGCUGCUGCUGGUGUAUGUGGAUGACGUGUUGAUCACCGGUAGCUCAUGCGAGCUAAUUGCACGCACCAAGACCGACCUGAAGACACGCUUCGAGAUGACUGAUAGCGGCAAGUGUAUGUGGAUGACAUACUCAAGCGCUUUGGCAUGGAUGAUUGCAAAGCCGUCAAAAAUCCAGUCGACAAUGAGCUCUCGACUUGUUUCAAGUGAUGCAGCCACCAGGGUCGAUGCUCCUUUUCGCGAAGCUGUUGGUGCGUUGAUGCACCUGACCACUGCAACGCGCCCGGAUAUUGCGUUCGCCAUGGGCUAUGUGUCGCGAUUCAUGAGGAACCCCCAAGAAGGAUACUGGGUUGCAGUCAAGCGCAUCUUCCGCUACCUACUAGGCACCAAGAUGCACGGAAUCUGCUACAAGCCAAAUGCGAAGAUCGGUUUUCGUUGCUACUCGGAUGCAGACUGGGCCGGUGACCUCGCUGAUCGCAAGUCGACGUCUGGUUACGUAUUCAUGCUGUUGGGUGCGCCAGUGAGUUGGGGCAGCAAGAAACAGCCAAGUGUUUCGUUGUCCACGAGUGAAGCCGAAUACAUCGCACUCAGCUUAUCGAUUCAAGAAGGCAAGUGGAUUCAUCGUCUGCUUUGUGAGAUGAUGAUGGCUACCGAUAAAGAAGGACCGGAACUCAUGAUCCAUGAAGACAAUCAGUCGUGUAUCAAGAUGACGAAGAACCCGGUCAACCACGGCCGUGCCAAGCACAUUGACAUAAAGUAUCAUCACAUCCGUGAUGAGGUCAAGCGCGGUGAAGUGAAGCUCAAGUACUGUGAAACUUCGGUGAUGUUAGCGGACAUCAUGACGAAGGGACUUCACGGGCCACACCACAAGGAGAUGACGGCGACUCUCGGGAUUUGUGCGUGUUCGCAUUGA